AUGUGUUUGCAACAACAUCUGCCACAUGUUGAGGAGGAGGAGGAGGAUGAAGAAAGCAGCCAGCAAGCAGAAGAAUUAGAGACGUCUGGUGAUACUUGGAGUACAGAUGUAGGGAGGCAGAAAAUUUUAGGUCAGUUUAACCCAGCUCUGGAGAACCUUGUGUACCUGGGUAAUAAUUACCUGCGGGCAUUAAGUGCUCUGUCUGAAGUAGCUGAAACUUAUUAUAACGCCAUUAAGAAGAUAGGUGAACUGGCACUACAGAACUCCGUGUGUCAUGGACUGGGUGAGGUUCUCAUCCAGAUGGCUGAUAGUUGCCGAACAGCAAGUGCUGGAAUAAAUGUAGUGUUUCAGACAUUACAUGGUGAGAUUGUGCAGCAAAUGGACAAGAACACAAAGCUGGACAUGCAAUUUAUACGUGAAAGCCAAAACCGAUAUGAGAAGGAGUAUCACCAGAAAGCGGCCACCCUUGAUAAGUGCAUGUCAGAGGCUUGGAGAAUGGAGAGGCAAAGAGAUCACAACCUGCAAAAUAUGAAGGAGAGAGUAAACACACUGCAUUUAGACAUGCUUUCCUUUGCCCGGGAGAGUCAGCGAGCAGCAGAGCUAGAGGAGAAGCGAAGGUACAGGUUCCUGGCAGAGAGACACUGGCUGCUAUGUAGCUCCUUCCUGCAAUACCACAACCGUGCACAGGGGCUGCUGAACACACGGGUGUCCACAUGGAAAGAACAGAUUGAUAUAAGCAGAGCUCAGAAUGCCCCAGUUUCUCAGUCUCAGAGUUAUACACCUAGUCGGCAAACCACAAGCCCAAGGGACUCCAUGAAUAUGAUGCCAAGAUCUGUGGUAGAUGUCCUAUCCAUGGUGAACCGUCCAGCUGAGACUGCCAAGACAGGACUGCAACGUACGCCAUCUGUUGGAUCCUUGAGCAAUGUUCGUGGCCGUUCUAGUUCCUUCGGUGAGGUGGCAGUAGCUGCAGUGGUAGCGGCUGCAGUCAGUGCAGGAAAUAGGAGGGUUCAAGCAAUUGUAGACCACAACCCAGGAGGAAACCGCACCAUGCUGCAAUUUUCAAAAGGCGAUGUGAUUACGGUGCUGGUACCAGAAGCUCAGAAUGGCUGGCUAUAUGGGAGACUUGAGGGUCUAUCCACGACUGGCUGGUUCCCCGAGGCUUAUGUAAGAUCCUUGGACACAGACCACCAUUCCAGGCCGUCCAGCAUGCGCAGUGCACACAGUGCCAGUGAUCUACUGGACACAUCUGACAACCUUCAGCAACCAAAUUACAGGCAGAAUGCCAUGGAACAGAGACCGACCAACAAAAACAGCCAAAGAGGACAGGAGUCCAACGCAGCUCCUCCACCCCCUUCAUUAAACAACAAUGGUGUUAAGAAGUCUGGUGGAGGACUGCGCGGGGAGCUGUUCCCCAGGGGAACAAACCCAUUUGCGACUGUUAAGCUCCGCCCUACUGUAACCAAUGAUCGAUCUGCACCAAUCAUUCGGUGAGACUGAGAACAUGCAGCAGCCUACCCUGAAAGACAUGCCUCCAUUAAAUGAUAACCAGGAGGCACAACAGAGAAGCAACUACUCCCUUUAAUCAAACAGAGCCAACAAGAUAUAUAUUGCCCUGAAAUAUACACUUACAGCAUAUCCAGUUCUGUUUCCACUGGCUGGAAACAGAUAUUGAACCUAAUGUAAAUUUCUUUUACCUAUUCCAAUGUUUGUAAAUAUUACCUAUUAAAGCUAAUGUCUUCAGUGUUACUUUGUUGUGAAUGAUGUCAACAUGUUUCUGUAUGAACAUCCUUUUUGUACGGACGUAUUGUGCUGAUGUUUAUAGUAAUGAAAGAACAAGGUAUGUACUAGUGAGCUUGUAAUUAAAACCCUUGUAAAUAAAA